GUAGUGCGUUGCGUGGGCUAGCUAUAGCAGCGUUAGCUGUGUAACGGUGGUGUUGUAGAGGGUGUCUGAGAAUUUCCAAAAUAUCGACGCAGAUCGACAUUCAUGAGAGGAUUGUAUUAAUGCUCUGUGCCAUGUCUGUGAAGAGCCCAUCAGACCUGCUCAAUGAAAACACGUACAUCCCACCUUCCCUGGACCUUGACCACCUCUGCUUAUCACAUGAAAGAAAGUUGGGCCUGACAGAGACUCGUGGGUCAAAUCCUUUCUCUCUGAAGAGUCAACUUAAUUACGGCAGCACAAACUCUAUCCAGCUCCUCAAAGGCAUUAACACUGGACUAGAUGAUGAUGAUGAUGAUGAUGAUGAUGUAUCCCUCCGGCACCAGGAAGAUGAAUGGAGCAGAAAUCAGGAGAAUGAGCACAGUCUUCCAGGCUCCGAGAGCAAUGCCAAGUGGAUGAAGGAAGAUCAGAAUCAAAUAUGCAAGUUAGCAGAGCAGCAGCAGCAGCAAGACCAGAAUCUUAACCUGGUUGAAAACAAGAAUGAAUCCACUGACAGAAACCCAAACCAGAACUCACAGCGGCGCCAUGAAGAGAAGAACAAGACCCUGAAAGCGCUCUGCUCUGACCUGCACAGUUGGGCAGCUGAUGAACCUCUUCUGAUUUACUCUUCUAUCACUCUGAUGGAGAAUAAUCAAGAAAACCAAGAGCAGACGAGAGACGAGGAAGUAGAAAGAGAGAAAGAGGAAAAUUUAAAUCCCAGUGGAGGCGAGAACACCGAUUCUUCUGAGAUUCAGAAGAAAGGAGGUGAAGGUGGCAGCAGAAAUGCUUGUUUGCUGUUCAGUAAGAAUGGCAUUCCCAGCGACGAGGACUCCAGCUGCAUGUCGCUGUCACAGGGAAGCACUGCAAGCAGCACCCCAGAUGGAGAGCCAGAGUCCUACUGGGAUGGUAGUGCAUUUGAAACAGACACGGACCUGCCCGCUGGUUGGAUGCGUGUGCAGGACACAUCAGGCACCUACUACUGGCACAUUCCCACAGGUACCACACAGUGGGAGCCACCUGGGCCCCUAGAGGAGAGACCAGCCAGCACAUCGCCUGCGGUCACACCUGCUGAUGAGCCACAGCUUACAUGGAGCGGUGUUUCUCAUCCAAGCACAUUCAGUGAGGAAGAGCAUUGGCAGAAGGAGGAUGUGGCUUCUGAUGAAAGUCUGAAGGAGUUUGAGGGAGCGACUCUACGUUAUGCCUCCAUCAAUCUCAGUUUUUCUCAGUCUGAGGAGGAAGAGGAACAGACUUAUUUCAGCAGCAAUGAGGGGGCAAAGUGUUUUGCAGUGCGCUCUCUGGGCUGGGUGGAGAUAUCGGAAGAGGAGAUGGCUCCUGGCAGGAGUAGUGUUGCCGUUAAUAACUGUAUCCGACAGCUGUCCUACCAGAAACACAAUCUAGAUGACACCGCUGGCAUCUGGGGCGAGACAAACAUAAACAUAUGCAUGUUGUCAUUUGUCGCUUACUACAGGGACUUUGCAUAUGUGGCACGAGACAAGUUGACUCACGUGCUCAAGUGUCAUGUAUUUCGGUGUGACACCCCUGCAAAGAACAUCGCCACAAGCCUGCAUGACAUCUGCUCAAAGAUAAUGGCCCAGAGGAAGUCGUCCAGCAGACUGAACACUGACCCCUCAAGACUUAGGGACAUCCCCUUCCAGGAGUUCCCAGCUCCCAAGAACGAGCUGGUCCAGCGCUUCCAGGUGCGGUACUUGGGUCGUGUGCCAGUGACAAAGCCAGCUGGCGUGGAUGUGAUUAAUGUAGCAUUGGAGAAUGCUCUUAACGGCAAAGACAAGGAGGAUUGGACACCUGUGACUGUGAACGUGGCGUCCGCUACACUCACUAUUCUGAAUUCUGAGACGGAGGAAGUUCUUUCUGAAUGUCGUGUGCGUUUCCUGUCAUUUAUGGGAGUUGGGAAGGAUGUGCACACGUUUGCAUUCAUAAUGGCAGAGGGACCUGGAGACUUUAUAUGUCACAUGUUCUGGUGUGAUCCAAACGCUGCAAGUCUAAGUGAGGCUGUACAGGCCGCCUGUAUGCUGAGGUAUCAGAAGUGCCUGGACGCUCGGCCCCCCAGCAGUGGCAGCUCUUGUCUGCCCGGCCCGCCUGCUGACUCCGUCGCCCGCAGGGUCGGAUCCAGUGUGAAGAAGGGUGUUCAGAGUCUGCUGGGUAGCUUCAAGAGGUCUGGAUCCCAGACACCCUAAAAAGGAAAACACUUCCUCCGCAGCGCUCACUGCAGAUAUGUUUGUUCUGUGUGUUUGUAUGGGUCGUUCACACCACUGCGACUGUCCUCCUGCGGUCAGCGUGCAAUAGGAACCAGAGGACACUCAAGUUACAUUGCCAGAUAUUCCAUCGUUACAAUUACAUUUUCAUUUGCUUUUUCUGUGUGUGUUUACAUUUGCAGAUGUAGUGUAGAGGUGAUUUAGCACUACUGGGUUUGAAUGUGAUUUACCCAAUUGGAUUUUCAGUGUAAUCGAUGUUAUGUGGACUACACUCUCUAAUGACACUAAUCAUUAGUCAAGAUAUC